GAGUUAACAUUUCAACUUCUUGUAGUUCACAACGGCUCAGAGCGCCAUCAAACAAUUUUAAGUGAAGCAUUAUAGGCGCAUUAACAUUUAUCGUUAAUACCAGAAGCGGCAGUUAAUUCAAAAAUCAAAUUUAUACUAACGCCUUAGUUCAGCAUUAAGUGCAUUUAUCUAAAGCCGUUUGUGGUUCCUGUACAUUUUGUUGCCGGCUUGACCGUCUUUAAUUAACUGUUCACAUUUCAAGACAAAACAAUAUCAGAAUGAUGAAAUUAUUGCAAAAUAUGUUGUGCUUGGCAAUUGCCUUCUCAAUUGUCUUUGCGAUUACGGAAGGGCGACCACAAAACUCUCUAGGAGAUAAUAACCAGGACUUAGAUAAUAUUGAAUCCGAUGUUGAUGACAUUCGUGGCGCUUAUUAUGACCUACCAGCUGAAUCGCUUUACUCCAACGUACCUAUGGAUCGCUUGCAAAUGCUCUUUGCUAAAUAUCGACCAAACGCCUACCUUCGUUCUCCCACCUGGAACAACAUGAAUGAACUUUUCCGUGUUCCAGAGUCAAAGCGGCAGGUGCGUUACAGGCAAUGCUACUUCAACCCAAUCUCAUGCUUUAAGAAGUAAAUUUCUUCUAAAACUAUGAAUUAUUUUACAAAAGAAAAAAACCUACAAAACUAUUGAAAUGAAAACCAAACUGAAGACAUAGCAAAGCAUAUUUUAAGGAAAAAUUAUAUUAUAAUUAUACAAAAAUAAAAAUAUAUUAUGGAAUAUAAAAACAAAAAAAAAAAAAAAAUACACAAAAAAAUUUCUAUGUAUGUAAAUGUAUUGUUUAAGUAACUGCAAAUUUAUUCAAUUAUUAAUUUUAAUUUAGGAAAUUGACA